UAUCUUUGUGAGCUUUAAUGUGACGCUGUGGUUUGAAAAGUGGCGUGUCAGAAAUUGUUAGUAAAACAGUUUGAAAGUGAUACACGUUCGCAUGUGUAGAGCACGGAGCUCAGUGAUUAGUAAAUAAAUGUGUUCGUUUUUUUUUUUUAAAAAAAAGCAAUGUGAAGAGGUGCAGAUAGUGAAAGUGGGCUUGAAAAAGGAAGUGUAAUAUUCGUGUGUUCGAUGUGGUUGAAAACAUUUCACGUGAAGUUGUGUUCAUUGAGUUUUUUUGAAAAUGCCAGAUAUUAAAAUUACCCCACUUGGUGCUGGUCAGGAUGUUGGCCGUAGUUGCAUUCUACUGUCAAUGGGAGGCAAAAAUAUUAUGCUUGAUUGUGGCAUGCACAUGGGUUACAACGACGAAAGGAGAUUUCCAGACUUCACUUACAUAGCACAAGAAGGCCCUCUCACAAGCUAUAUAGAUUGUGUUAUAAUUUCCCAUUUUCAUUUAGAUCAUUGCGGGGCUUUACCAUAUUUCACUGAAAUGGUUGGGUAUACAGGACCUAUCUACAUGACACAUCCAACGAAAGCUAUAGCUCCCAUUCUUUUAGAAGAUAUGAGAAAAGUCGCUGUAGAACGUAAAGGAGAAAGUAAUUUUUUUACGUCACAAAAUAUUAAAGACUGUAUGAAGAAAGUAGUGGCUGUUACUUUACACCAGUCCUUAAUGGUAGAUUCUCAGCUGGAAAUCAAAGCCUAUUAUGCUGGGCAUGUCCUAGGUGCCGCAAUGUUCUGGAUACGCGUGGGUUCUCAAUCUGUAGUGUACACAGGCGAUUAUAAUAUGACACCUGACCGACAUCUGGGUGCUGCUUGGAUUGAUAAAUGUAGACCUGACCUCUUAAUAACAGAAUCAACUUAUGCAACAACCAUAAGGGAUUCAAAACGGUGCAGAGAGCGUGAUUUUCUAAAAAAAGUACACGAGUGUGUAGACCGUGGUGGUAAAGUUCUUAUACCAGUAUUCGCCUUGGGUAGAGCUCAAGAGCUUUGUAUUUUGCUGGAAACUUAUUGGGAACGAAUGAAUCUUAAAGUGCCAGUGUAUUUUGCAGUUGGACUUACAGAGAAAGCCAAUAACUAUUAUAAAAUGUUUAUAACUUGGACAAAUCAAAAGAUACGCAAGACCUUUGUACAGAGGAACAUGUUUGAUUUUAAACAUAUAAAACCCUUUGAUAAAGCUUAUAUUGACAAUCCAGGAGCCAUGGUAGUGUUUGCCACUCCUGGGAUGUUACAUGCUGGUUUAUCCCUUCAAAUAUUCAAAAAAUGGGCACCAUGUGAAAAUAACAUGGUUAUAAUGCCUGGAUUUUGUGUUGUGGGAACAGUUGGUCAUAAAAUACUAAAUGGUGCUAAAAAAAUCGAAUUCGAAAAUCGUCAUAUAGUUGAAGUGAAAAUGGCAGUGGAGUACAUGUCAUUUUCCGCUCAUGCUGAUGCAAAAGGUAUUAUGCAACUUAUACAGUACUGUGAACCAAAAAAUGUGCUAUUAGUGCAUGGAGAGGCAACAAAGAUGGAGUUUUUAAAGGAAAAAAUUAAAAAAGAAUUUGAUAUUGAGUGCUUUACACCAGCAAAUGGAGAAACAUGUGUCAUAAACACUAAUGUUAAAAUACCAAUUGACGUUUCUUUAAGCUUGCUCAAAGCUGAAGCCAUCAAACACAAUGCACAGCCUCCUGAUCCAAAAAGACCUCGUGUAAUGCAUGGUGUUCUUGUAGUGAAAGACAAUGCUAUGUGCCUAAUGGAUGUUGAAGAAGCUUGCAAGGAAGCAGGAAUAAAUAGACACUUUGUGAGGUUUACUUCUACACUGAGAAUGGAAGAUCCUGGUCCAGCGAGCAAAACAGCAGAAAAAUUACUGCAGUUAAUUAAGUCCCGCUUAAAAGACUGGAAUGUUCAGCUGACAGAAGCCUCCAACAUUUCAGUUGAAUCUGUACUAGUUAAGGUUGAAGGCUCUGAUGAUGAACAGAAGAGUGUUUAUGUGUCAUGGGACAAUCAAGAUGAGGAGCUUGGAAAUUACAUUUUAGGUCUACUACAAACAAUGGGCCAUCAGAAUGUUGUGUGAAACACUAUUUGAUGCUUUACUGCUACACAACUUAGUGUUUGGCUGAAACUGAUUAAUUAAAAUAUUGUAUUUAUUUGACACUGUGAAAAAAAACUCUCAAUUUUUGUGCAUAUCACACAAACAUAUUCAUUCCAGUUAGGUGUGAAUAGAUUAAGAAGAUAAUAACUGAGACACCAUUCAUGUUUCUAUGUAUUUUAUGCUGUUUUCCAAAGCUUUACAUAAUGAAGAAAAUUUAAUUUUUGUGUGUGA